GUCGAGUUUGAAUGGUGUGGGCUUGGCCGCCGCUACCGCAGCCUCGCAAGCAGAGGCGCUCGUUUUAAACCCAGAAUACGGAAAAAGAGAGGCCUCCGCGUUCAGAAAGACUGAAAAAAGAGCAGCGGCUCAGGAUGUAGCGGCUUUUGGAGUAUUAUGGCAUCUGGAGAUCAUCAUGUUCACAAAGGGGAAUAUGAUCUUGUGGAAGCUUGGUUCUUCCAUUGUCCUAAAUCAAACAUGCUGCCUUCCUGGACCAAGAACAUGAAGGAGGCUUAUUUUUUAAAAGAAGAAAUAGAAGAAGAGUAUUCCACAAAGAAAAGAUCUCCAGUUGGUUUGAAUAUAUACAACAGCUUUAAGGUGAAGAAAGUUCUGGUCAUCAGAAAGAAAGGAACGCGCCAGGCUGUGCAUACCAUUGCAAAACUAAAGCAGCCCCUUGUCCGCUGGGGCUGUGACAUGGCAAACAAGGAAAAUGAACUGUCCUGUGCAGGUGGCCUUCAUGAACGACUGCACAACGAUCGCUACUCAUUAGCUCUGAGCUCUGGAGAAACCACUAAAAUGGAUGGAGCAGUGUCAAAGUAUAAUGAUUAUUUGGCAGAGAUAUCCAAAGAUCAUGACACAAUGACGCAAGUGCUCUUCGGAAGAAACUUAAAAUUGAAUGUAGCUCUCACCCUCUGGAGGAGAAAUGCUGGUGAACUUGUUGCCUACCUGAUAAGAAUUCAGGAUACGGGAGUGCUUGUAGAUUGUUUACCUGUAAUUACUAAAAGCCUUCAAGAGGAGAAGCCAUGCAUGUCUGUUGGUUGCUGUGUCGACCUUUUUCCACUAGUCAAAAAUAUGCUAAGAAGCUCAUUUGAAGAAUACUUGGUAGUUGGUUUGCACUGGGUUCAGUCAGUCAUUAAAAAAUGGUGGCCAGAGCUGUCUGAGAAAGGAAAAUGUACAAGUGAUGGACACCCAGAAGACAGGAAUAUUCAAGUAAUGAAGAAGCACCUGCAUGAAUUAUGGGAGCAUGGCUGUCAUUUAUGUUUUGCUCCAGGAACUACUGGUGAAUUAGCAAAGGAUAUUGAAUCAUAUUUAUCACAGCUGCGCUGACACCUGACUCAACAGAAGAAACCACUACAUGCAUGGCCCAGAGGUCCAUAGCCGGCGUUGACAGUGACUCUGAACCGGCAAAUAAUGAGUGGGACCUCAACAAAAUAAAACUAAAUCGCUUCAAGGGUGCACCGCCUCCAAAUUGUCCCCUUUCAGCUUGAGUAAAAGGACUACUUCACAUUGAAGUGGUGAAUCUGCUGAAUUAUUUUUAAAGAGGACGACACAUGGGCAGUAAGAGAGACACUAAGCAAGGCGUUGUUUAAAAGGACACUGCUUAAGUCUGGGAGGUAAAUAAAGCCUUAGAGGUGCCAACGUGUGUUCCUGUCUGCUUGUUGUGUUGGGCAGUGCGUUUGUAUAGAAUGUAUUAAUAAACUUUUCCAGGUUUCAAAUCUCGCUAUCCUGAACUUGAACAUUUUGUUUCACAGGACUUUUUUUCUAAGUUAUUGGAUUGCUUGUCUUUUGCCUGUUAUUGUAAAAGACUGUAUCAUGUACAUAACCACUGUUAAUAUGAUGACAAUAUUAAAAGAAAAAUUCAAACUACCUGUUGUUGCGUUAAAACUAGAACUGAAUGACUUUAUCAAUAAGCUAUCAUGGUUUGGUUGCAUAAACAGCCUCGCCCAUGCAAAUAAAUAUUCAGAAAUCAGGAAAAUUAGGAGCUGAAAUCUUUGCCAAAAUGGUGAGACUAUUUAUUUAUAAGAACCUAUUUCAAACAAUGGAUUCUUCUUUUUAAUCUCAUUAACACACCAUUUUAACAGAUGCUUUUACAGAAAACACUAAACACGGCUGAAAUAGCGGCAUGUAGUAGAAUGUAGGCGAAGAGCUCGGAAGUUGCCUGUAGGACUUGCCUGAAGAGUCUUGAGGCAUUUCUUAAAACAAAGUCUUAUGAUUAAAGAUGUUUGCACUUUCUAAAAAAGAAAAUUAAGUCAAAAGCUAAUAUAAAAUAAAUAGCACUAACAAAAUUUUAAAACAGUACAGAUUGCGACUUUUUUAGCUGUCUGAAAUAUUGAGAAUGUGGAUUGAUUGCCUUUGUUUUUGGUCUUUUUACUAGUUUUAAAACACGCAGACAUUUGCAAUUAUAUGCAAAGGUUGUGUGUGUAUAACAAUGAAGGUUUCAUUUUGGAACUUUUAUACAUUUCAAUAAAGAUGUUUAUAUUAAAAAACAA